ACGCUAAUGUUGAUCAUGACACACGUGUAGCGCAGGGGGACACACAGAGCUGAGAGACAGAGUGUGUCGGAAUCUGGACGUUUUCGACGACAGCUAGACGUUUGGUUCUGGGAAAAGGAGAACGUUUCAGCGGUCGGGGGAAUAAGAACUGGUGUCGUAUUUCGCUCUUGUAAGUAUGUUGCUCUGUGUGUGUGUGUCCCCGAUUUUUAUCGUGUUGGUUUUCUGCUAAGAGCAAAUUCUGUGAAUCAUAUCCAUCCACAUGGUGGUAGAACCUACAGGGCGAUGUCUUCCAUAACGCGGGACAAAAACAGGCCUGAUGUGGGAAAGGUGUAGAUGGGACUGUCUCAGCUCUGAGCCAUGGAAUGUCCCCUCCGUCCGCCACUAGCCUGCUCUUCUCCACAGACUGACUUCCAGACACUCAGUUAGCGACACGUUGCUCCCCUCCAACUGAACACAACCAGGAAGGGGAAGAAGUCACAGCAGAGCUUCGUACGCACAGAGGAAAGGAUUUACCGCUCCUCUCCAACAUAUUAACAGCUAGCUCACCUUAGUUAGUUAGGCUUAGUUAGGGUUAGUUAGUUAGGGUUAGUUUUCCCUUGUUUUCUCUGUGGAUUUUGGAUUUUUUUUUUUUAAAGAGAGUCAAGAUGGUGGAUUUACAGGAGUACCUGUGGAUGGUGAUCCUGGGCUUCGUCAUAGCCUUCAUCCUGGCCUUCUCUGUGGGGGCCAACGACGUGGCCAACUCGUUCGGGACGGCGGUGGGGUCGGGGGUGGUGACUCUGAGACAGGCCUGUAUCCUGGCGUCCAUCUUUGAGACGUUGGGUUCCAUGCUGCUUGGAGCCAAGGUGGGGGAGACCAUACGAAAGGGCAUCAUAGACGUUAACCUAUACAACGAGACGGUGCCUGUUCUUAUGGCAGGGGAGGUCAGCGCCAUGGUCGGGUCAGCGAUUUGGCAGCUCAUCGCCUCGUUCCUCAAACUACCCAUCUCCGGGACGCAUUGCAUCGUGGGAUCGACCAUCGGGUUCUCCAUGGUGGCCAUCGGCACCAAGGGUGUCCAGUGGAUGCAGCUGGUCAAGAUUGUUGCGUCCUGGUUCAUCUCUCCCUUGCUGUCUGGAAUGAUGUCGGGGUUCCUCUUCUUUCUCAUCAGACACUUCAUCCUCAGUAAGGAUGACCCUGUCCCCAACGGCCUCCGUGCCCUGCCAGUGUUUUACGCCUCAACGAUAGGCAUCAACGCCUUCUCCAUCCUCUACACUGGUGCUCCAUUGCUCGGUCUGGAGAUGUUACCGGUGUGGGCUAUAGCUCUGAUCACGCUGGCAGGGGCUCUGGUCUGUGCUGCUGUGGUCUGGUUCGCUGUCUGCCCCUGGAUGAGACGGAAAAUAACAAGUCGCAUGAAGAAGGAGCACGCUGCCCUGUCACGUAUCUCAGACGAGUCCUUAGAUCAGAUCCCAGAGGAGGAGGAGGACACUCCCGUGUUCAAGGAGCUACCGGGCGCCAAGGGGACGGAUGAAGCUGUGCUGCCGUUAACCGGUGGUACCGGAGGAGAGUCACGGAGAGGAGAGGCCACCGGAGAGCUCAACAGCUUGGCCAAUGGAGGCACUGUCCUGCCCAAUGGACGGGUCUACGGACGAACCCACUCCAUGACCAACGGUACCCUGUCCAUGUCCAAGUCCCCACUGUCCAACGGUAGCUUUACCUUCGGAGGGGAACACAUCCGCAGCGACGGCCAGGUGUAUCACACGGUUCACAAGGAUUCUGGUCUCUACAAAGACCUGCUCCACAAGAUCCACCUGGGACGACUGGAGGACGACCACUCCGCCCCCACGCCAGACAACAACUACCGCCUACUGCGUCGCAACAACAGUUACACCUGCUACACGGCGGCCAUCUGUGGCAUGCCGGUCCAGCCGCUGAUCCGCUCCGAGUCCCGCGAGGCCCGAGAGGCCCGAGAGGACAGUGAGAAGCUGGUGGGGGAGGGGGAGAGGUCAGGGAGCGUGUCCUACACCAAGAAGAGGGUCCGUUAUGAUAGCUAUUCAUCGUACUGUAACGCUGUGGCGGAGGCCGAGAUUGAGGCGGAAGAGGGCGGCGUGGAGAUGAAGCUGGCGUCUGACCUGGGGGGCGAGGAGGCAGGGGCGCCAGGGGCUCCAGUUCCGCUGGAUGACUCCGCAGAAGAGGAUGAAGGGGAUAAGGACAAGCCGACCGUCUACCUGCUUUUCCACUUCCUGCAGAUCCUCACCGCAUGCUUCGGAUCCUUCGCUCACGGAGGCAACGACGUCAGUAACGCCAUCGGCCCGUUGGUGGCGCUGUGGAUGAUCUAUGACCAAGGCGGGGUGAUGCAGGACGCUGCCACCCCCAUCUGGCUACUGUUCUACGGGGGCGUAGGAAUCUGCUGCGGCCUGUGGGUCUGGGGGCGCCGGGUGAUCCAGACCAUGGGCAAGGACCUCACCCCUAUCACACCUUCCAGUGGAUUUACUAUAGAGCUGGCUUCAGCUCUCACUGUUGUGUUUGCUUCCAAUAUCGGAAUCCCUGUCAGUACCACACACUGCAAGGUGGGCUCGGUGGUUGCGGUUGGCUGGAUCCGCUCCAAGAAGGCGGUUGAUUGGCGGUUGUUCCGUAACAUCUUCCUGGCGUGGUUUGUCACGGUGCCGGUGGCGGGGCUGUUCAGCGCCGCGGUCAUGGCCCUGUUCGUCUACGGCAUCCUCCCUUAUGUCUGAGGAAGAGAGGAGAGAGGGAGAAAAGACGAGAUGGAGGGAGAGGGAGAGGGGACGGUGAAGAGUGGUAAAGAAAGAGGAGAUACAAAGAAUGAGGCUAGUAGGAGAUAAGAGAUGGAUGGAGUGGUUAAUUAAACUGUGUCUAGAGGGGAGAAGAGGGUUAGAUCACACGCUGCCUGGGUUCUAGUCCUGAAGAGGGUUAGAUCACACGCUGCCUGGGUUCUAGUCCUGAAGAGGGUUAGAUCACACGCUGCCUGGGUUCUAGUCCUGAAGAGGGUUUGAUCACACGCUGCCUGGGUUCUAGUCCUGAAGAGGGUUAGAUCACACGCUGCCUGGGUUCUAGUCCUGAAGAGGGUUAGAUUACAUGUUGCCUGGGUUCUAGUCCUGAAGAGGGUUAGAUCACACGCUGCCUGGGUUCUAGUCCUGAAGAGGGUUAGAUUACAUGUUGCCUGGGUUCUAGUCCUGAAGAGGGUUAGAUUACAUGUUGCCUGGGUUCUGGUCAAGAGACUUGUUGACUUCUAUGCUGAAGGAAUCUUUAUUUUUUUGUUUUAUUUUUCUUUGCAUAAAAAAAACUAAUGUUCAAUCUUAUAAAACAACCUGCUGUACAGACGCAUGUUACGGACAGACGACAUGUUACGGACAGACGACGUUACGGACAGACGACAUGUUACGGACAGACGACAUGUUACAGACAGACGACGUGUUACGGACAGACGACGCGUUACGGACAGACGACGCAUUACGGACAGACGGCGCGUUACGGACAGACGGCGCGUUACGGACAGACGGCGCGUUACGGACAGAUAUACGUUAAGACACUAGGAUUCUACUGUUUUACAGGCAAUAAUAUGAAAAGACAAAUGCAGUCAACACAAUGUUUCGGUCAUCACUAGUUAACAGAGUUAUAAUUAUAUCUUACCUUUAUAUAUAUAUAUCUUUCAUUGCGUUAAUAGCGGCUGCCUGCAGUAGGAGACAACGGUGUAGUCGGUUCAGUAGCUAUCCUUAAUGCCCAAAAGAAAAAUUGUACAUAUUGUAAUAUUGGAUUAUUUGAGUGCGAUUUGUUGUACUGCAGCUUAGCUUUAAAACAAAAAGAUGUGUGUUGUUCAACCAAACCACUCUGACCCUUCAUAGCCUACCAUUACCGUUACUGCCCUUACAUGCUAGACAGGAAGGAAGUUACUGCCCUUACAUGCUAGACAGGAAGGAAGGUCUUGUUGCCACGGCGACCAUAAAACCCUCCCAUGGUGCUGGGAUUGCAAUUUUUUUUUCUUCAGAUAUACACUACCAGUCAAAAGUUUGGACACACCUACUAAUUCAAGGGUUUUUCUUUAUUUUUACUAUUUUCUACAUUGUAGAAUAAUAGUGAAGACAUCAAAACUAUGAAAUAACACAUAUGGAAUCAUGUAGUAACCAAAAAAAGUGUUAAAUAAAUCAAAGUAUAUUUUAGAUUCUUCAAAGUAGCCACCCGUUGCCUAGUUGACAGCAUUGCACAUUCUACAAUGUAGAAAAUAGUAAAAAUAAAGAAAAACCCUUGAAUGAGUAGGCGUAUCCAAACUUUUGACUGGUACUGUAUACGGUAUAUAUAUAUAUUUUUGUAUUUUAUUAGGAUCCCUACACGCUGUUGCUGAAGCAUCAGCUACUCUUCCUGGGCUCCACAUGAAACAUGACAUCAUACAGAACAUUCAUUGACAAGAACAGAUGUUACCAUAGAAACCAGUUACCAGAAGAUGGCCCAGUUGAACUGCGUUCUGUAUGUUUUAAAGAUGGAUACCCUGUUUUUUUUUAUGUGUUCUAUAAUGUCAUUUGUACUGUAAACUAUCAUGGGGUUUUGUGUCUUUUUAGAUUUGUAUUUUGUCUUUUACGAAUACUUUUUGUUUUCACUCUGGGUGAGGUAUAAGAAUACACCCAAUAUUCUGUCCGUUUCAUUUAUUAUUUAACAUUUUAACUGAGCACAUGGGGGGGGGGGGGCGCUUUCUCAUUUUGUUAGUUUCAGAAUAAUAUUUUACCAAAGAUCCUGAGGAAACCCUUUUAUCAGUUUCAGUAUUCUGAACCAUCACUUCAAACAAAUCAAUUUGACUAUUUGCAGCAAUUUAACAAACAAACUGUUUCCUUUCUGUAGUGAACUGGAUAUUCUCUUGUGUUCCAAGUACAGUUUUAGAGGGGUGUGUGUGUGUGUGUUGGGUAGGACAGCUCAACAGGGUGAGUUAUACCAUGCCAAAGUAAGCUGCCGUACUUGCUGUCAUAGCAACAUGCCAAUAUCACACAGACACGUCAAAGUGUAGCAGCAGCCAAAAUACUGAAAUCAACACACACACACACACACCGCCUUUAUAAGCCCCUAUACCAGCUAGUCCACCUGUAUUCAGACUACACACACACACACACCGCCUUUAUAAGCCCCUAUACCAGCUAGUCCACCUGUAUUCAGACUACACACACACACACACUGCCUUUAUAAGCCCCUAUACCAGCUAGUCCACCUGUAUUCAGACUACACACACACACACACCGCCUUUAUAAGCCCCUAUACCAGCUAGUCCACCUGUAUUCAGACUACACACACACACACACUGCCUUUAUAAGCCCCUAUACCAGCUAGUCCACCUGUAUUCAGACUACACACACACACACACACUGCCUUUAUAAGCCCCUAUACCAGCUAGUCCACCUGUAU